CUCAACUUCAAACCGCAGCUACGAGACAGAGAAGGAAAGAGAACAGAACAAAACAAAACAGAGGCUGGAAAUGCACCGAGGGGCUACAGAAAGAUGGAAUAGAGAAGAAUGAAAGUCCCUGAAAACAUCAGAACGAAGCGUUCAGGCACACUUCCAGAGAGCAGCUGACUGGAGGAGACGAAGCUCAGAAGCCGAUUUCAGGACGCAAACAGACAGCUGUGGUGUGUGUGUGUGAUCUCCAGCUGCGUGCGUAGGAUUGUGAGCUGCCCUUGACCUGACUGGACAGACGCCAUGCUGUGGACGCUUCUCCUGGCUUUGGUCCUGCUGCUGUUGCUCCAGGCGCAGCUGCUUGUUUGUCUACAUGAACUACAAGACACUUUGGACUUAGUGACUUCAGCGACACCUUCUGGACCUUCUAAUGCUUCGACUUUGCAACGUCUCCCAGGGGCCAUCAUCAUCGGGGUGCGCAAAGGAGGCACCAGGGCCCUCCUGGAGAUGCUCAACCUCCAUCCAGAUGUGGAAGUCGCCAAGACCGAGAUCCAUUACUUCAACCUGGAUGAAAACUUUCGGAAGGGUCUGGAUUGGUAUCGAUCCCAGAUGCCCAUCACCCUUCCUGGGCAGCUGACAGUGGAAAAGACUCCUGGCUACUUCACAGCUCCACCAGCCCCAAGGAGGAUUUGGGCCAUGAAUCCAGCAGUGAAACUGCUUUUGAUCAUUCGUGACCCCGCAGAGAGGCUCGUAUCAGAUUAUACGCAAGUUCUCCACAACCGAAUUCAGCAAAACAAGCCAUACCAGUCACUGGAAGAGCUGCUGCUUUCACAAGGACACAUCAACCCCAAAUACAAGGCCCUUCAGAGAAGUUUUUACUACCAGCACCUGGCCAGAUGGUUGGAGCUUUUCCCCCGAGAGCAGAUACACAUUGUGGAUGGAGAAGCACUGAUUCGUAAUCCAUUCCCGGAGCUGCAGAAAGCAGAGACUUUUUUGGAACUUCCGCCUCAGAUAAAGCCGGACAACUUCUACUUUAAUGUCACCAAGGGCUUUUAUUGUAUGCUGUCGGCAGGACAUGACAAGUGCCUGGAUGAGUCUAAAGGAAGGCCACAUGCUCCACUUAGCAAUGAGGCUUUCCAGAAGCUUUGCCGCUACUUGCGAGUACCUAAUCAAAUCUUUUUCCGAAUGGUGGGACAGAGGUUUGACUGGUGCUAAAGACAGACGGAAAAGGAUUGACAGCUCUCACUGAGAAAUCAAAAUAUUAUUGGCGACCAUUUUGUAAAAAUCGUCUUGAGGAUUAAGUUUAAAAAUGACUUGAUAGUUACAUUUUCAAGACACCAAGGCAAAAAGACAGCAUCAAAACUGCUCUGAAUGCCACAUUUUUGGUGGAAGUAUGUUCUGUGGAGAACAGAGUAGAUCUGAAGGACUUAAUGUGCUUUAAAAAAAACUCUUUGAAUCACUUUUGAACUCCGAAAGUCUUCGUUCAAACAGACUAUUGAUGCGGAAAUGAGGAUGAAUGCAUUGGCAGUUUGUGAAGAGAAUGAACUUGAAAACUUAAGCUUGAAGACACAAUGUGGAUAAGCACUAAGAAUUGCAUUCAUUAACUGAAAUGUUUCUUCCAGUGGUACUUGAAACAUUUAUCAACUACUCUGCUUUUGUCAGCUGUAAUUACUGUAGUUUAAUCAUUUAAUUCUCAUGUUAAAUAUACUAAUUUGUACCUGAGCAUUUUAUUUACAGUUUUAAAUAGAAAUGUCUAUUUUUAAAUUAAUUGGUCCUUUACAUUGAGAUCUUUCUUAAUGUCAUAAGUUACUGCACUACAAAAUUGUUUUCUAUUCAAUAAACAUGUACAUAAAACAUUUCACAUCUGUUUAUCUAAACUCUGAAAUUUCACAUGCAUUAGGCAAUAACACAUUGUUACAUGAAAA